GCGGUAAUUUAUACGUGAGGAAAACGCGAACCAAGUUUUUGGCGCCGUUGUCGGGGACCAAUUUGAUUUUAUCUUUGUUGAUAGUGUUACCAAUUAUCUGACUAUUACUUUAGCUAUUUACCUGCUUUAUUUUCGAUUUCCACCUUGAUUUUAACCGAUCACUUUGUUUAUGCCCAGGCGUCGAAAUUUGGAAAUCAUACCUUACGAUCCCGAGAUUGAAAGGACGUUUCGCAGACGAAGGGCCGCGCGCAACCAACAAAGUGAACCAAUGGCCGAAGAUCAAGGAAAUCUAGAGCACCUGGCCUUUGAGUACGAUCGAGAGCCAGGACGAGAUCACGAGCAGCCAAGACCGAACCUACCACCCGAGCGAACAAUGCGAGAAUACCGAACCCCAGAUGUGAAUGAGAACUAUUCUGGAAUCAGGAAAUCGACAGAUGAGCCAAGAGCCGAUGCACGAGUCUUGGGAGAGAUUCAAGGACUUAUUACGACAAUGCCCUCAACACGGAUUCAACCCGUGGGAUCAAAUGGAGUUAUUCUACAAUGGGCUCGAUCAACCAGCCCGAUCUCUAGUCGAUGCUGCCUCAGGUGGAUCAUUGCAAAACAAGACUCCCACAGACGCUCGAGACAUUGUCUAGCGAAUGUGUGAGAAUGCUUACCAUUGGCCGUCCGAACGGAGUGGUAUACAAAAGCUGGCCGGAGUCCACCAACUAGAUCCUUUAGCCGCAGUUUCAGCACAAUUAGCUACUCUAUCAAAUCAGGUCGCCCAAUAAUCAGUUCGAGGGCCACAGACCGAACGAGUAGCAGCAGCAAGUACCUCACAAGCCACAAAUGACGAUUGGGAGCAGACACACUUUAUGAACCACCGAUUCAACAAUUUCCGGGGAACCAACAAUCAGAACCAAAACCCUACUCAUUACCACCCGGGAAUUCGGAAUCACGAGAACUUCUCCUAUGCCAAUCCAAAGAAUGUUCUACAACCACCUCCCGAUUUCAACCAUCAAAGAGAGCAACGAGGGCCAACGUAUGACGAGCGUCUUCACCGACAAGAACAGGAAAUGGAGGGCCUGAAAUCAACAAUGAAGAACAUGGAGAAGCAAAUAAGGCAAAUCGCCCAAUCCAUGUCCACAAUGGCCAAGGGCGGAUUUCUGAGCAAUGCCGAAGUCAAUCCAAAGGAAAGCUGUCAAGCCAUAACCACCCGAAGUGGUUUGCAAAUGACUGAUCCUCCUUAUCUGACAGACGAAUCACCAAAGCCAGCUGUACAACCGACCCCGGUCGAGCCAGAAAUCACCAUCUCAGGGAGUAGUACAAAAGAGGCUAGUAAGCCCAAUAACAUUUUUUUCCCUGAUAAUCCUCCUCUUUUGAUAACUCCUAUUCCUUUUCCAGAAAGACAGAAGAAGAAGAAGUUCAAGGAUCAAUUGAAGAAGUUCAUUGAAAAGAUCAAGCAGAUUCGAAUCAACAUCCCUUUUGCAGAAGCCUUGGAGGUAAUGCCAAACUACACCAAGUUCAUGAAGGAAGUCCUAUUCAAGAAAAUUCGAAUCGAAGAAGACAUACCAGUGAUUUGGGGGCAAGUAUUAAUUUGAUGCCUAUGUCUGUGUUUCUAAAACUGGGCUUACGAAAUUUGAACCGCACUCGCAUGACUUUACAACUAGCUGAUCGUUCAUUGAAAUAUCCUGAUGGGAUUGUAGAAGAUGUGCUAGUUAAAGUAGAUAAAUUCAUUUUGCCUGUUGAUUUUGUGGUACUUGAAAUGCCUGAAGAUGAUGAAGCACCAAUCAUUUUAGGUCGUCCAUUCUUAGCCACUGGUAAGGCGAUGAUUGAUAUGGAAUUAGGAUCUUUAAUGCUUAGGGUAAAUGGG